AUUGGAAUGGCUAGAGGUUCAGAUAUGCGUUCUCUUUAUUAUGCUGGACUUGUUGGAAUAUUGGAUCCUCCUAGACCUGGAUGUCUUCAAUCGAUAGAAAUUGUUCAGUCAGCAGGAGUUUCUGUAAAAAUUGUGACUGGGUAUGGGCUGGAAACUGCAAAAAGCAUUGGUAUUUCUAUUAUUUCUUUGAGUAUUCGUCUUGGACUCUACAAACAAAACGAUAUUUGCCUUUCUGGUCCUCAAAUUGAUGAUUUAAAAGAUUCGGAAUUGGAGCAACUUAUUCAAAAUGUUACAAUAUUUUAUAAAGCUUCUUCUAGACAUAAAUUACGAAUUGUUAAAGCACUUCAAAAUAUUGGAGAAGUUGUGGCAAUGACUGGGGAUGGAAUAAAUGAUGCUGUUGCUUGUAAAAAAUCUGAUAGAGGAGCGUUCUAUUCUCUUCCAACCGAAGCAAAACUUGAUGUCUUUAAAUGUCUCAACCAUCAACAAUUAUGUGAAAUCAAUCAAACAAAUGUGUACUUUUAUAACUUUAUCAAUAAUUUUGAAGGAGAACUUGCUCGGGAGGAAUUUGAUGAAAUUUCUAUAGGAUAUUUAAAGCAUUAUGACCAUUAUUCUCAUAUUUUACUUAAUCCUGAAGAAGAAAAUUUUGACUUUCCAUUGAAUGAACAAUUUGAAGAACAAUUUGAAGAGAAGUGGAAAAAUGGAUUAGAAGACCCAAUUCCUUUGUAUUUGCCUAAUGUUGAGUCGAACAAAAACAUUGUUAUUCACUUAACUGAAGAUAAUGGAGAUAUUACUCAAAUAAAACUUCCAUCAAUUGUUCAAAACAAAAAUCAAUUGAAAAUAGCUUUUUAUUAUUUAAACAAAUUAUUUAAUUGUUCUUUUAAAGAAUCUAAUUUAAAAUCUGGCGAAAUACCUACAUUAAUAUUCAAUCCAGAAUUACUUCAAUUAUUAUUUAAAAAUUCAAUUUAUAUAGAGACAUGUCAUCUGUAUUUUACGGAUGAUAAUACUGAAUAUUUGUUACAAUUUAUUUUGAAGAAUUAUCUGGCUUGUGAAGAUCUUCAUUGUUAUUUUAAACAAAACAAAGACAUUAUGGAAAAUUAUAAAAAUAUUUUAUGUAAAAUUUUAACAAAUGGAGGAGACAAUUUUGAAGAAAUUCAUUUGAAUUUUAUUACUAAGGCGGAUCAUAAAAAUGGUGCAUUAAAAAAUGUGGUUUUGUUUUAUGAUUAUAUUGUUGAAUAUAUAGCAACAUCUAGAGACUGUUCAAAAAUGGUGGCUAAUAUUGGUUUAUCUUUUGUUAAUUCCACAAAUCUUGAAUUAAGUGGAAGAGCAGAGAAGGUUGAAAUUAAACAAAUAAAGGGAACAAAAUAUACAAAAUACCAAAUUGCCAAUAUUCACAAUCCAGAAGUGAGAUUAUUAUUUUACAACGAAGAAAUUGCAACAGGAUAUUUAUUUAAAUCCAAAGAAAGCAUGUAUGUGGAUGCAAUGAUUCACUAUCGUAUAUCGUAG